AUGCCAGCCCACAACAGAAUCCUGACGAGAGCUUGUUCGAAACUUCCUAUCUUGGUCCUUGACAGUCUUCGAAAAGGUUCGAUGGGAAUUACACUAGACGAAAAGCACCAACUUCUUCUUGAAGAAUCUCAGCAAAUUCUGAAGAAGUUGAAGAAGCUGGAGGAGCUAGAUGUCUAUUUCGAUGCAUCUGAGAAUGCCCCAGCGGAGGUCAAUAUGCAGAGAAAACUAGCCUCUAUCAGGUCAAGCGUUCAAGAGAUCCAAUCCUUCUGGCUACCCGAUGUUCUACGGGCAUGUGACUUAUAUCAUUACAGCCCGAAAACUAGUGGGAAAGAAGAUUCAUUCAAAAUUCCCCUUGAAUUCCUGGCCAUGCUACAUGAAGCAGCAGGGCUAGCAUACAAGGACCGGGAUUUUCAACUGGGGAUCGAACUGCUAGAUUUUAGCUGUCACAUAUUUUUCCACUCCCGCUUUGACAUAAACGGAGAAGAAAGAGCCAAAGACGAGGAACUUGCUACAGCAGAGUUCUUGUAUACACAAAUUGGUAUUGAAAUGGAAGACUAUGACUUUGCAUAUGAGCAUAUCAAGAAAGCGAUGCAGCAAUACCUUGAUCAAAGGUCAGACUUUCGUGUUGAGGUACGCUACCGGGAGCGAGAGUGGAUGCUUCGAGGUUGCAUGGCGGAAGCAUUGGAUGGCAAGGGCUCCCAUAAAGAGGCCGAAAGAUACUAUCGCGAGGCCCUCAGCCUCCGGCCACUUCAUAAUAAAUACAGUAGGUACGAGGUGGGCCUCGGAAGGUGCCUGCUUUUGCAGGGAAAAUCAACUGAGGCUAAAAAGCAACUUGCGAGUUUUCUCCUGGAGCUCGAAAGAGCACCUGGUGCUGUGAGUCGAACGAGAAAUCAUUGGAUUGGUCUUACUCUUUACUGGCUAGGAAAUGCACACGAUGGUGACGACGGCGCUACGGCAUUCGAGUUCUAUUUUCGGGCUUUCGAGAGUCUGAGGCUCUCGUUGGGCGAAGCAGACCCUAUGUUUGGAGCGGCAAGCUACAAACUCGGGGAGCAUCAUUACACUCAAGCCGUCACUGAGUCAUCUGAUGUCAAAUUCCAUGCUGAUGCCGCGUUGCUCUACUUUCGCACAGCGUUGGAGGUAUUUCACUCCGGGCAUAGUAGCGAGUAUCGGAAGGCUGACCGUGCUCGUGCCUUGUACAAGAUCGGCUGUACCUACGAAGUCUUGCGAGGGCUGGACGAGGCAAAACGAGCCGAAUACUCACAAGCAGCGGAUCAGGCAUUAGACAAGGCUUUUGAUUUGCAAAAGGAGAUCAUCAGUACUCGCAACUUGGAUUUGAACGAAAUCAUUCAUGAUCAACUGGUUAGCCGGUGGUCCCGCUAG